AUGCCCCAAAACAAAUCAGAGCGUCCUCACAAACGCGCAAAACUUGAGCAAAACUCGCGGAAGGCAUAUGAAUUCUCGAAUGCGACCGAUGUCAGACGUGCUCUGCAGAAUCAAGACCAGAAUGGUCAAAUAGAAGCCCUGUCUGCAUUGCGCUCAACUCUGUCUGUCAAGACACGAGAGACCGUUGCUCCUCAAGAUGAGCGACUUUCGCUUGUAGUGCAAUGGAUGGAGAGUUCGCCAGGUGCUUAUGAUAUUUUUGAGAUAUGGGAGGGUACGAAUCAAUCGUCCAGUCUAUCACUCCUCGUGUCUCUAUUAUCCUCGAUCCUUACUUUGUUGUCCUCUCAUUUCCCAUACCAUCCGCACGGCACUCCAAUCAUCAAAACGCUCUUGUCGCCAAAAUGGAUGCGCAAAAUUACUUCUUAUUUCUCUGGUUCCAACGAGCUCCUUCUCGUCUCAUUGAAACUGUUGAACACCAUCUCUCACUUCGGAGGUGGAAGGGAACGGAAGACACUUUAUGAAGCUUUUCCAUGGGACAUCAAGACGUUGGCAAAAGUAGCGCAUAUGAGGAGGAGAGGGAAAGGAGACGCAGAGGACGUACUCGAAAGGCCCGAUAUCCGCACUUAUUACGUCUUCUUUAUUCUCUCCUUUAUCGACCCCGAAACUUCCUCACUGGUGAAAUCGACUUUCCUUGAACAACAGAGAGACGUAUUCCUGUCUAUUUUCAAAGGCCUUUCUCAAGAUUCAUAUCUGGUCAUUCGGAAAGUUCUUGAAGUGUGCUGGGUUGGGCUGUGGUCUGAUCCAAAAGUGAAACGGACCAUGAAAAUUGGACUUUUCGCUGAAAUUACUAUUGGACAUCUUCUGAAAUUAUACGAACGCGCCGCCACCGAAAAUGCGGAUGGUGAUCACAUCCCAGCAGAUCUUGUGCAUCAUUUUCUCCUCGCUAUCUGUACACGACCUGGACUAGGUAUUUGUUUCAGAGACAGAGGAUGGUAUCCUCGUGAUAUCGAUACCGAUGUUGUCGACGAGCCGAAGAAGAGCGGGAAAAUAUAUAACAAGAUCUUGAGUAACAUACUAAAGAGCCUCAAGGUUAAUGAAGACGCCAGGCAGCAGGAACUUGCGUUGAAAAUUCUAGUGGCGUGUCCGGAGUUGGUCGCUGGAUAUUGGCCUGCUGUAGCAUUGACGUUGGAACCCCGUCUAUCGUCGAAAUGGAUAGCUAACAUCGCGUUCUUUGGACUUGUCAUCUCCCAACCUGUACCAGUUUCAUCAUUCCUCAUCCCCGGAAACAAUAUUUAUCAACCUGAUCCACCACCGCUUUCAACAAUCCUCGAGAGCAUCCUUCCUUCCGUCAGUACCAAGGUGCAUUUCUCCAAAGGAUUGCAGUCUACCUCCCACCUUGUGCAACAUUGUACAGCGCUCGCGCUAGCCAGGUGCUUGACCAAGCUCUCCUGUGUCUUCCGCACAUUCCAGGACGUUGAAUCUGCACUCGAGGAAGACGAAAGUGGGCAGUGGACGCGUCGGCAUCGAGAAGUUGAACGAGAGGCUCGGAGAAGGGUGCCAGAAUUCCAGGUAGUGGUGGCCUUUUCACAAAUAAAGGUAGAUGCCAAAGAGGUCAAACUAGCUUUGCUUGGGGAGAGCGCUCAGAGAUUGCUUUGGUUGUAUCAUCUGUGUUUCCCUCAGAUGGUCGCAGAGGCGAGGUUCGAUGUAGGGAAGUUGUUGCAGGGUCUUGUGGAUGCGUCGCAGGAUACCAUAGGCGAAGCUGGGAAUGUAUGUGGUCUGCAUGGCUUGAAGCAGCUGCAUGUACUUCGAUUAUUACAAGAGAGCGACCAAUUUAUUUGGUCUGGGAAGGUUGCGAACUCUUCUCACACUUACCUCCAUGCUCUUCUGAAGAUAUUUUGUGCUACCCCCACAAGAGCAGUCCGGAGCACCCUCCGGUCACUGCUUAUGAAAACGCUUGCUGAAAGCAUACUUUUCCAAGAACACCCCGACGAGGUGGACAUGUGGCUCGACUCUCUCCCAACAACCAGUCGCGGCACAGGCUGCGAAGCUCCAGAUGGUGCCGCCUUAACCGACGAAUCUGACGGUGUUGCCACCUUUCUAGAUGACUGCGCACAGCGAUGCAUCAAAACACCGUAUCGAUACUUCGAGGCUCUUCGAGAUCUUUUACCCAUGGAGAACUCAGCAGUCGAUGUGCCGAGUCCGUUGCUUAUGACCGUACUUGAACAAUUUGCUGCGAAACUAGCAGGAAAAUUGCUCACCCCAUCGGAUGCUCUCGCCAUUGCUGGGUUUGUGAGAAGGCUCAUGUUCAAGCUGGCGAGCAAGCAGAGAGACUUGACAUUUCUGCGUAUAUUCUCUGGGAAACUGGAUGAUGCUGCGAUGUCAGAAAACUUGUUUUCCAAGUAUUCUUGCGUUACCGCUGCGAUCCGACGUGAAAUGUCGAUCAUGCACACGUGUUUCAGUCAUUUUCAGGGAGUGCGUAGACGCUCGGACUCUAGCACGAGUCCAGAGGUCGAAGACUUCCUGACGAAAAUCGAAGGAGUACUUUUGCCUGAAAGCUCAAGUGCACGCAUCCACAACGCAUACGAACUUGUUGACUGGUUGCGCUUCGUAAACACCACACUUCAGCCCCAGGAUAUCGUCCGACUUUCGGUCGUGGUCGAACGCUUCCAUCCUCCUGCUCUCAAGGAUCUAUUCGAGAACCUUCACCCCACGAAUUCGUUGAUGUGGGAAGGCGGUGAUCUAAAGACUGCCUCAAGGCAGCUCCUCCAAGUGCUUUCCUUUGAUUGGAUGUUCACGCAAAGCUCUGAAGCUGACAUGGCGAACCAACAAUGCCGCGAAAUCAUGCUGGAGUGUCUGUUUCUCCGAUCACCGACGCGGGUUCAGAUUGAACAUGCCGUUUGCAUCAUCGCACAUGAUAUCUGCUCGAUCAUGGAACGGGAAUCUCUUGUGUGCGAUCUGCUGCUUUUGCUAUCCGCGAUCAUGCAGAGGGCGCUCGGUGAACUCUCAAAGGAAGAUGGCGCUCGGCUGAAGGAGUUUGUCCUAUUGAGGGCGCCAUCUAUCCAUGGUCUGAGCAUGUCUAGAGAUCUGCCUGAUGCCGUGCAAGAAGCUCUAUGUGCGCUUCUCAAUGUGUCUCUUGACCCCAGCAGUGAGGGUGAUAGGACAAUGGUCUCCUCGAUUUGUACAUACUGGACGGAGUGUUUCAAGGCAUCGAUUCAGUCAGGAUCACUGCAGAUGGGACGUUCCAUCAAGUUAUGGCUACGUUAUACAGACCCAAACAAUCUUCUUGACAUCGUUGAUCAGGCGUGCGAUGCCAAUAAUGUUGCCCUUACGCCAUCUGUACUAGAGGUUCUGGAAUUUGCCCUCGAUACCUUGAGGGUCUCUUUCACAUGUGCUAGUUCGAGGAUCCCUAUUCCACAGCUCCUCAGGUUAUAUCGGGUAUUGCCUGACUCCGAGGUGCUCGAAGAAAUGAUCGCUGUUGCAGUGACUUCACAUCUUCCGCCAUGCCAUGACGGGCGGCAUCCACAAGCAAAGACAUUGAACUUUUACUUAUCACCUCGAUACCCGCCAGCUUCCGGAAGUUCACAAUUGGGCGUGCUGCCCUCUGAUUUCAUCUCGGGGCUGUUUCAAAAGGCUAUUUGGACGGAAUCUACGUCGCGCAUUGUGUCCGGGCUAGUUUAUGCACAAUCCGGUGUUGCAAAGGAGUUUGUCGCGUGGUUUAACUCGGGAGCUUGGACGACCAUUCCGUUUGAGCAUGUGCUACCAGCAGUGCAUGCUGUUUUGGAUUCCCUCGGUGGUGACGCCAUCGAUUUGUUUCGUGAUACCGUUACGAUUGCGCUCUUUGAUCGUAUGUUGCCUCAGCGUCGUCACCCUGAGGGCCUGAGACAAUUGUGCAUCCGCUGCAUCUGCAUCCUAAUCAAGGCAGAUGCAACUCGGAAGCAACAGCUCGCCAGCCUGCUACAAAAGAAUAUGCAACGCCUUGCUGUCGACCAAUUCGCCCUCGAAAGCGUAUACAUUGCCUCCCGCUUGCAAUCAUUUUCCCCGCUGGCCGAUCUCGUGACAGAUUUAUCUGAGCGUGGACUGCAAUGGGCUGUGCGCCAUUUCUCUGGCCCUGAAGGCGAAGAUGAAGAGGACCAAUUGAUUUUAGCCCAAUUAACGAAAAUUACCAAGCAAGGAUUCAAGGCAAAAAUAUACUUCGUAGAGCCUCUAUUGACUACUAUCAUUCAGAACCGACUUGCCGAUACUGUUGCUCUCGAUAUUGGCAUUGCCUUACUGCAGUGCUCGCCUCUCAAACCCGUCGUUGUGAAUCGAACUCUGCAGAAUAUACUUCAACACCCUCAGUUCUUUAAACUAUGUGGUUCUGAAGAGUCAUCUCGAAGAGAUCUUAUCAUUCGUUUUAUCGCUGCCCUAUUCCGACUCCACCCCACUAACAUAUGUCAGCCUUCACAUAUCAUGCCACUCGUGCGCAUAUACGGUGGAACCAUCUCCGCCUCAGAUCGAAACCUAUUGAACAUUUUCCGUUUAUUCGAGGUUGAAAGGCUGACGCCUAUAUCAUCUAUUCUCGUCAAGUGGUCACCUUCCCCUGGUAUAUCUAUUUCAAGCCAGCUUGAUGCAGUACAAAACAUGGAUCCUAUACGCAUGUUGAGAACCUGUCAUGUGUUCCCGAUAUGGAGACGUAUGUCAGACGAACAGGAGGACGAGAAGGUUGGCCUGGAUGAGCAGGUUUAUGAUCCCUUAUUCGUAACUUUGCUCGUUGCCCAAAUGCUUACGCAUCAUCCUCCAACUUCGUCGCUUGAAUGGGUGCAGACGUUCCGAUCGAACGUUUUUAGUUUGCUUAUCCGCUGCUUGUCUGCAAAAGAUGAAAAGAUUCGUGAAGCCUCGCUUGGCUUGUUGGCAAGGGUGUGGAAAUCUGUAGAGCUUUCGGAUAUGCAAGAAAAGCAGCAUGCGCUGUACAUCUUUAACCUCCUGAAGAACCUUAUCAAGCCCUCACCCGAUGGUCCUCCCUUACGGUUACCUUCGUUUGCAUCGUUGAUUCUAUCUCACGCUCUUCGUGGGGUGUUUUAUCCUUCCAAUUUUAUCUACCCACGCACGGCGCGUUUCCUUCUUCAGCGCCCAGAACUCGACGUGACUGAUGUGCCAAUGCUAUAUGGCAUGCUUUAUGGCAGUUCGGAUGACUGGAAGAAAGAGCGUGGAUGGAUCGUUAGGUUCCUUUCUGAUGGCAUGAUGAGCACAGAAGAUUGGAAGGUGCUCAAACGUCGACAUACAUGGGAUCUUCUUUCUAGUCUUGUGCAGAGCUCAGUUCGCGAUCAAGCGUUGCGACGCGCAGUACUGGAGGUGCUCGCCAACCUGACUUCCAAUGUCCAGGCAACGACUUCCCUCAUUUUGAAGUCAUCUCUUCUAUCCUGGAUCGAGAUGCAAGUAAAACUACCACACAUCAACGAAGACACUCUUGCCUGGCUAAAGAUCCUUGAAAACAUUCUGACCACAGCCAAUACUGCGAAACUGCAGCGGGCUACGAACGGUCAGUGGCAAGAUGCUCUGUGCAGAUGCUUGUCGCUGGUUUUACAGAAUUGCAGUGCGCCAUCGCUCCCCAUUCUUCAACAAGCCGCUCGCGUCACGCUACGAUUAAGUCUAGCGUCUCAGACCUCGAUUUUUCAUCUGUCGGAUGUUCUCAUGGUCGUAAUUGGCAUUCUCGAGCAACUGGAGCAUUGCAUAGAUUUCAGCAAGUCUAGUUCGGACAACGGACCUGCCAUCCUUUCUAAGCCGCCGUACCACGGUCAUGGGUUGCAUAUUCAACCACCAGUACCUGAUCCCCUGCGUGCGUGGGGUGGUAUUGUCGAGGACUUAUGGCAGACGAGUAUGGGGCUUGACGAAACUUUCGUGAAAUGGGAUGCCCUGACAGGCAGGCUACUACAUUGGAGAGGUAUCGUCGGUGAGGAUGGUAGCCCAAUGGGUGAAUGGGCGAGACUGGAAGCUGUCCGAGUAUCUCUGUCAUCGAUAACCAACUGCGUCCAAUCAACGCAGAUGGCGUGA